GUCCACUUGCAAGCAUGUGUUAGCAUUCAGACUCAGUUGUUGAAUGUAUAAGGUACUUCCAAUUUCCUUCAACUGCGGCAAUCUCGUCACUCCUGCACGGACACUCCCACCACACGGAGACACACGCAAACACAGAAUUAACAAUGCCUCGUGCGCUCACCACCCCCGACCUCUACCACCACUCCACUGCCAGCGCCCCGAGUCUUCGCAGUCGGACGCCCAUCGAUAUUGCCGACAUGCAGAGACCAUUCACGCCGCCCGAUGGCGACGGAGGCAACGUCAAGGUCGUCGUCAGAGUGCGCAAACACAUCAAGCGAGAAAUUGAGGCUGGCCAACCAUGCCUCGUGAGCAUGAACCCCGAGACUCAAGAAACGACAAUCCAGCCGCCCGACCUGACGGAUGAGCAACUGCGGCACUCGCGCAAGCAGUAUGAGGAGAAGAGUUUCACGUUCGACAAGUCCUUCUGGUCACAGAAUGAGGCCGACCCGCACUUCGCCAGCCAAAGCGACAUUUACAACUCGUUUGGCGAGGAGUUCCUGGAUCACAAUUUUGACGGCUACCACACAUGCAUCUUCGCCUAUGGGCAGACUGGCAGUGGCAAGUCAUACACCAUGAUGGGCACUCCGGACCAGCCAGGUCUGAUCCCCCGCACAUGUCGAGGACUGUUCGAGCGCGUGGAGUCGGAGCAGAGUGGCAGUAUAACAUACAACGUUCACGUCUCCUACUUUGAGAUCUACAACGAGCACGUCAAAGACCUGCUCACACCACGCACGAACCCCCCUACAUAUCUCAAGAUCAGAGAGAGUAAGGGAGAGGGUGUCUUUGUCCAAAAUUUGACAGAUGAAAAGGUCGAAAGCUACGAAGAUAUUGAGAGAAUCAUGAGGACUGGAGACCUAAAUCGGACUGUGGCAAGCACAAAGAUGAACGACACGUCUUCACGAUCACAUGCCGUCUUCACAUUGACACUCAAGCAAAUCCAGGCCGAUCUCUCGGACGACAGCACGAUCGAAAGAGUGGCGCGCAUGAGAUUGGUUGACUUGGCAGGAUCUGAGCGAGCAGGGAGGACUGAAGCUACUGGACAACGAUUGCGGGAAGGCGGCAACAUCAACCAGUCCCUUACUACUCUUGGCCGUGUCAUCGCUGCUCUCGCAGAUCCCAAGAGACAGCGUGCCACCCGCAUGACAGGACUGCAGAAUCAAACGAAGCGCCGUGCGGAAGUGGUGCCGUACAGAGACAGUGUCUUGACGUGGCUACUCAGAGAUUCGCUUGGUGGCAACAGCAAGACAGCGAUGGUGGCUUGUAUCUCACCAACUGACUACGAUGAGACGUUGUCGACCCUUCGAUACGCAGACCAGGCCAAGCGUAUUCGCACUAAAGCUCAUGUCAACCAGGACAACAAAUCCGCAGCAGAGCGCGACGCGCAGAUCAUGGAGAUGGCCGAGACAAUCAAGCAGCUGCAGCUCUCAGUAAACACUGCUGCGACUCGCAAGAGAGACGAGGCCGAUCGUGCCAGGGACGAGCUGGAAGACUACCAGCGACAAGUAGGCAAGAUGCAUCGCGCAAUGCAGGAGUCGAAAGCCGUCUCCGACACAAAGAUCCGUGCUUUGACGCAGGAAGUAGAAGAGCUCAGGCCCCAGAAUGAGGCGCUUCGAAUGGAGAUCGAGACAUUGCGACGCCAUCUGGCACUUGCGGUGGGCGAGUUGAAGAAUCCAAUAGUGCUCCCUGAAGCCUUCAUGGACAACGAGCAUGACGAGAAUUCAGUGUAUGAAGACUCCGAUCACGAUAGCGGCGUGGACGAUGGACUCUCUUACUCUGAAGAUCAGAAUGAAUUUGAGCACGAAAGCUGGCAGGCAGAUGUUGACGCGUUGCUGAAUGAUCUUGGCCUAUUCAAGAGGAAGGUGAUGGACGACAAAUCUCGCUUCCCUCAUCCCGACGUUGGAUCACAGGUCAGCACGGUCUGAAGGCAGUUCUGAUCGAAACCGAGUCACCGACGGCAUUGCACAGAAAGAUUAGAAUGGUGCGUACGAGACAUGAUCAAUGAGGUAAGCGUUGUUGCGCGGAGUUUGGGUAAGGCGUGAACCCUGGAAAUUAGCCCGCUUGACAUUGCCCAGCAAUGGAGGAACUUAGGUAGCUGAACGAGUGAAUGAUAUGUUCAUACCAGACUAUACAAU